CGAUCUACACGUAACCGUGACCACAGACAGUUUAGUUUUGCUAUUUUUCCUUCUGCUUGUUUAAAUGUGAUAGUAGUGUUCGAAGGAAAGACACUCAAGAAGUAGUUUUGCUCGCGCAACUUCGCUUUUGGUUUUUUAAUAUUAUGUAAAUAAUUAAAAAAUAUGAAUACAAACGUGAGGCAAAGGACAAGACCUGUUUUGACAGCGGGUGGUGCAUCUCAGAAUUCAAUAUUCAGCGAUGAAGACUUCGGUAAAAAACGAUGUCCACCACUCAUUACUGACCGAACUUGGAUCGUGAUUUUUAUAUUGUAUUUAGCUAUAUUCUGCUUGGUACUCUAUAGUGAUUUAAUUAGAUUUCCCGCGCCUGUGUCUGUUGCAUCACUUAAAAAUGUUGAGAAACUUCGAUCAUUUCAAUUUAGCGAAGAACGAGCCCGGAACUUUGUUGUAGAACUCAGCAGCAUCGGUCCAAAACCUACCGGGAGCUACGAAAAUGAAGUUGUUGCUGUUGAUUAUAUCACCAGACAGUUGCAUUACAUAAAAACUCACUCUAAGCCUUUUAAUAAAAUUGAAGUUGAUAUUCAAAAAACCAGUGGGUGCUUUCCCUUGACGUUCAAAGAUGGAAUGGUUUCGUGUUAUCACGAUGUUAAGAAUGUCAUCGCUAAAAUCGGACCUAAUAAAGCCAAUAGUAAAAGCCUUGUGAUAAACUGCCAUUUUGAUUCUGUGCCUACUAGUCCAGGUUCUAGUGAUAAUGUUGUAAGCUGUGCUGUGAUGCUAGAAGUUUUGCUAUCUCUUUCUCAACAUGAUCAGGCUCUUCCAAAUGAAGUUAUAUUCUUAUUCAAUGGAGCAGAAGAAAAUAUACUGCAGGCUGCUCAUGGAUUUAUAACUGAACACCCAUGGGCGAAAUCAGUUGUUGGUUUCGUAAAUAUGGAAGCUUGCGGUGCUGGGGGCAAACAGAUGCUUUUUCAAGCUGACAGGGAAAGAACAUGGUUGUUAAUGGCUUAUGCCAACAAUACACCGUACCCUCAGGGAUCCGUAGUUGCCCAAGAUAUUUUUCAGAAUGGUCUGAUUCCAUCAGAUACAGAUUACAGGAUAUUUGAACAUUUUGGAGAAAUACCGGGGUUGGACUUUGCUUAUGUGAAAAAUGGAUAUGUGUAUCAUACACAAUUCGAUGUGCCUGAAGCAAUAACUGUUGGUGCUAUACAGCAGGCUGGAUUAAAUCUUCUCAACUUGAUCCAUAAUGCUUUAAAUUCCCCUGACAUGACAAGUGUUGAAAAACAAUCGAAGUUGCAGUUAGUGUUCUUUGAUUUCAUGGGAAUCUUUAUGGUGGUUUAUCGAAUUAGCGUGGCAACUGCUAUCAAUUUUCUAAUUCUUAUCCUUUCCUUUGUUGACAUGCUCUACAGAAACCGAAUUUCAGGGAUAUCUUUAAAGACCAGAAUUAAUUUAGUUAUGAAGGCUGCUGCUGUUCAUAUUGGGUCCUUUGUUGGAGCCAUUUUGAUAUGCAUUAUUAUAGCAACCUUUUUGGAUCUUUUCAAUGCUGCUAUGUCAUGGUACAGAUCACCUUAUUUAAUUGUUGGACUCUAUGGCUGUUCCUCUACUGCAGCUAUUAUAUAUUUUCAUAGCUUAGCUGUUAGAAAAGAUGAAAGUUUGAGGACAAAGUGGCUUCAAGAGGAUGUUUAUUUUGAUGCAGCUCGUCUUGUGUGGAUGAUGUUUCUUCUCCUGUUAGAACUAACUAGACUCAAUUCUUCAUUCAUCUGUUGUGCCUGGGUUCUUUUUCCUACUGUGAUACGGGGUCUAUUUGGCAAUAUGUUUAGUCUUGUUGGUUCAAAAGGAACACGUGAAACUCAUUUGCUUGUUCAUAUUUCUAUGCAGCUUAUUCCUUUGUCUUUGUUAUUUUACUGUGUAUGGUCUAUGUACAAUGUCUUUGUCCCAAUAAUGGGUCGCAUUGGUGCAAUGAUUAAUCCUGAUAUACUUGUUGGAGUGUUUACUACUUCACUAGUUUUCUUGUCUACAACCUAUAUGUUCUCUAUGAUCCAAGUUAUGAAAUCUACUCGUAAAGUGAUAACAGUAUUACUGUUCAUCUUUGCUAUCACUUUCUUACUAGUGUCUUUCACUCCACUUGGCUUCCCAUAUUCUGGUGAUAAUGAAGGUCCAGCUCCUAUGAGAUUAUAUGUUUUACAUACUGAACGCACAUUUUACAACAGAAGUGGAAGUGUAACUUCUACAGAUUCUGGUUAUUGGGUUGUUCCUCUUGAUUACAAUGGUCCAAAAAUGUUAAAAUCUUUCAUAGAAGAAACAAAAGAUUUGGAGCCCAUUGAUUGUGAUAAAGAAUUAGCUUGUGGAAUGCCUUUUUAUAUGCCAGUUAUUUCUUUAUUGAGCAUAAGUUACUAUGUGCCUGCUGCAAAACCAAAAAUUCAUGGAAGUCAUAAAUUUGAAAUAGUUUCAAAAGUGUUCUUAAAACCAAAUACCUACAAAGUGACAUUUAGAACACAUGGUCCUGAUCAUCAAACGGUAAUUAUCUCCCCCCGUGCAGGUGUUACAUUGUCCAAAUGGAAUGUGACUAAGGAACCACCACUUCGCAGUUUAGAUUGGGUUGACAGACCAACUUAUUUCAUAUUUUAUUCUUAUGGCGAAUACAAAGAACCAUGGUCAUUUUCAAUUGACUUAACAGUAUCAAAGGAAUACAUAAAAGAUAAUCCUCUCAUUGAUGUCAGUUUUAUCACACACUAUCUUCAUGGCCAUGACCUACUAACGGGCGAUUUUCCGGCAUUUUUGAAGCGAAUACCGUCGUGGACACAUGCGACGCCAUGGACAUGUACUUUAGAUAUGUUCGUCUUUUGACCCUUAUAGUUAAUUAUAGAUAUAGAAUUGAAUUCAUUCUCAUUGUAUAUGAAUUUUCCCAGUCCAAAAUAACAUCAUCAACCAUUAUUUUUUAGUUUUUGUUUUUCAAGUCCAUUAGUCUGCAAAAUGUAUGUUUAUUAAAUUUUAUAUGUUUAUGGUAUUUGUUCUUGUAUCUCACUUUUAACUUAAAGUCAAAAUUUUAAUUUUUAAAAAAAUUAUCUUAUACUGUAUAUUCAUAGUAUCUCUCAUCGCCUUGAGAUUGGAAAAAUGGGCUAUCUUUGAAAAUAUCAGCUGUAAAUUGUUGGUACUACUCUACACUUAUUAUUAUUUGUAAUUCAUAGAGACAGGCUUGAUGCACUAGUAAUUCUGUUGCAUUCAAUAACUUGAUAAGUCACAUUUAUAAAUUAACUUUAAAUUGAGGAUAUUAAUCUUAUUGCAAAUGAGGUUCUUAUUCCAUGUGAAAGCAAGCUCUAAAUUUUUAGCAUCUGGUAAUACUCUUUUCUGCUGAAGUAUGGUGAAUGCAAGUUUAUUAUAAUGGUAUACACUGACAUGAUUGUCUUUUCUUGAUAUUUAAAUUAUGGUAAAGAAUUUUAUUUGUUAAAGUAUCAAACGUAACAUUUUUGUUAUUUAUAUACUUCUCAUUAAUCAGUUCAUAAAUAACUGAUGUCUUUCUGCUUUGUAUUAAGAAGAAGAAAAAAUGCUAACAUAUGAAUAUAUUUUUUUCGCUAAUUGAUUUGUUCUCAAAUACGUAAUGCAAAAAUUAUUACAUUACUUUAUUUUGGUAAUGUAAAGUAAUAUUGUUUAAAUUAUUCAGUUUCCUUGUUUGUUCAAGUUACUUUACGAGGUUAUUUAAUCGUCAAAAAAUUAUUUUUCGCAGAUUAAAAUAUCAGAGAAAUUAAAUUUUCCAAUAAAAAAUCCAACAAUUAAAAAAUAUUAAUAGAAAGUAACAUCUCACAACUUAGGGGCAUAAUUAAGUUUAAUAACUUGGUACAAGGUCUCACAGACCUAACUUAACCAGUCAAGUGGCCAUCAAUCUCUGAAUAAAUUAUUAGAUUUAUGUUCAAUCUUUAUUAUUUUAUUGUGAUGAUACAUUUUGUUAUACUUUUUUAUUGGCUACUUUGUAGAGUAUUUGUUUUAAUAGCUUAAAUUUUAUUGAUUGUUGUUAUUCAUUAGAUGUCAUUGUCUUUUGCAUAAAAUUUUUUUUUUAUGUGCAAUGAAUCAAACAAAUUUUUGAUUGAUUCAUGAGACAAAUGAUUUUUUUAUGUAAUUUUUUAUAUAUUGUGCCAUAAAUACUUAAAACGAUUUCUUUAAAGGAAUUACUAUUGGUUUAAAUAACAAUUGGUGUCAUUGUGCUGCAUUACAAUAAAGUAGAACAUGUCAUUUGCAAAAUUAUGCAAAUGUUUUACAAUUGUAAUUAUGCAAAAUGUUACCAAGAGCACAAAGGCUCUAGGUAACAUGCUGGUCAAAGUGCUUUUUACUGUAUUUAAAUGGAACAAAUGUCUUCUAACUAUAUAUCAUUUGCUCUUUUAUAAAUUGUGUUCUAUUUUAUUGUGAAUGACUACAGUACUUUUAUGUUGUGUACAAUUUAAAAAGUUCUAGAAAUACUUCUUCAAUGGCAUGACAGCCCAGAGUGAGGCCUAGCCAUCUCAGUUCUAGAAAUAAUUUCUCUACUUUUUAUUUGUGAAAAUAUUGAAGUAUAAUUUUAUUAACAUUUAUUAUUUUACAUGAAUGUUCAACUUUUAAGAUGCACUUUAACUUUUCUUUCUUGUUUAAAAUAUAUGCACAUUAAACAAAAGUUAUGAUUAUAGGUGAUUGCAUGUAAGAAAUAUAAUUUGUUUCAUUUUUGUGAUACUCGAUUGAUGCAAUGAAGGUUAUGUUUAAAAAUGUUUUGGCAUUUCGUACUAAAUAGAGAGAUUUAUGUUUCUUGCUAGUUAGCUUGCAUUUUGCCCCAAAAUAUAUUCAAGGUUGGUACCUAGUUACUUCCUGUUAACAAGUUGGUUUCUCUUUCUGCAGUUUAAAAGAGAAUUGCUGAUUUAAUAAAGAAGUCUUUAUGCAA